AAAUGAGUUCAGUUUUAUAUCAUUUGUUUUGUAUAUCUUCGGAUGGAAUACCAUUGCUAACUUAUAAAAGUGAUGGAUUACCAGCAAUUCCAUUUCCAGUUAUUGGUGCUAUAAAUGGAGUUCAUAUGUAUGCAAACAGUAAUGGUGUGGAGCUAGUUAGCACUGAUGCAGGAAAUGCUAAAAUUAUUUGGAAAGAGUAUUAUUCAGUUAAGCUAAUUUUAACAUUAUUUUCUAAAAACUUUUUGCAUCACAGCAAAUUAUUAGAUGAUAUAUUUUAUGUUUUUGUUAUAACUAUUGGACUAAAUUCACUUUCAAAAAUUUUAAGCAUCGAAAAAGUAAAGAAAAAGUUACGGACAUGCCUUCCUUUGAUUUCUUUGUUGAUGCGUAAACAAGGAACUAUAAAUAAUCUAAGAUACAUGGUUGACUUGUGCCUUGUUUCACAAAAAACUGUUCUACAAAAUCAGCUCAAUAUAUUUAUUGAAGAAAGCUCUUGCGAAUUAGGGUGUUUAUUGUUAUACAACAAAGUUAUUGUUGCAACAGAAAGUUUUUGGCAAAUGGAUAAAAAAGAUAUUUAUUUUAUUAUUAUGUUCCAAGAAUCGUUGUGUAAUUCACUUUCUGCCAGUGACACUCCUAUUUAUUUACCUGUGUCUAGUCCUGACAUACCUCAUCGAUUAAUUACUCUUAGUUUAAUAGAGCAUGUAAAAGUUGUGCUAAUAUGUGGAUCACGGCCUACACUGUCAGAAUUGUUAAAAAAUUACUUACAUAAAUACUGGAUGCCACUACUUUUCGUUUUAAAAGACUCUUUAACAUCUUACCCUCGCUGUUUUCCAAAAGAUAUAAAACUGGAUUCUUCAAUUUUGAGUUUUGUGUUACUAAAUAUUAAAGAUGAGAUGUCUUGGUGUUCAUUGUUUCCUCAUGGCUCAAUGACAGGCAGCGAUCAGUUUGUCUUAUGUGAUGUCAAUGAGCGUCAAAAUGCUUUAUUUGCAUUUUAUGAAUCUUGUCUGAAAUCUUUAGAAAAAGAGAAAAACAUACUAUCUGCUAUAGAUGCUAAGGAGAUUUAUGAAUGCACUGAGCAAUUUAAAUGCUAUGCUAUAUUAGGUUCAACUUAUUAUUUAUUUGUACUUUACAAAAAAGAUACUGCAACAUUUGCUUUAUCUGGUGUAUCUAGAAAUAUGUUAAAAAGAUUGUUAAAAGAAAAGUUUAUUUAAUAUUUAA